AUGGCGAGCAGGCCAGAAUCGUCAGCAGCGAAAGCCGCGGCGGCCGACUUCGAUCCCGUGUACGAGUGGGUCGACGGCGACGGCAGCUAUCUCCUCCGCCUCAACCUCCCAGGGUUCAAGAAGGAGGACUUCCGGGUGCACGUGGACCCCGCGGGCCGCCUGACCAUCCUCGGCCACAGAACGGCGGACGCCGGAGAUGGGAACGUGCGGCUGCACAGGGUGUUCCAGCUGCUAUCCACAUCCGACCUCGACGCAAUCACCGGCCGGUACGACGCCAACGUGCUCACGCUCACCGUGCCCAAGCUGCCUUCCGCCCCGGCCCCGCCCCCGCCCAGUGAGAAUGAGGCCUCGGACGCUGUCGGCGACGAACCGACGGAUAAGAAAUCCAAGGUUAGCCAGGAGGCGGAGCGGCUGAUCGAGGCGGUGAGGGCAAGGUUGCAGGGGAGGCACAAACAGGAGACGGCCAAGGACCAAACUGCAGCGAGUAGCAAGGAACCCCCGGCCAUGAAAGUGGACGACAGGAAACAGGAGCCCAAGGCAGCAGAAAAGGUGGUGAAAGGAGAUGAUGAUCAGGACCACAAGGAGAAGCUUGAGUAUGAGGCGGCGACGCAGAGGGAGAAGAAAGGCUGCUGGAAGGAGCGGGCGCCCGAGGAGGGGUUCAAGUGGGCGGAUACCAUAGGUAAGAACAAGGAGGUGAUCGCCGCCACCGCGGUCGCCGCCUUCACGCUAGGCGUCUUCGUCUCCCAUAGGCUCUUCUCCAGAAACUAG